AUGGCUAUUUUCCACAACUAAAGUUAUUUGGGCACCAUUUCACUUGAAAAUCUGAGAUAAGUAGCUACUCAAUUAAAGUCUUCAAAUUAUUAGAUGUACUAGCUCCAUUUUACGAUGAUAUUGAUAGAAAAAAAUUAGAUUGAAAAUUUAAGGUAUCAAUAUGGCAUCACAAAGUUUCCUUCAAUCCUUUUGUUUAAGAGUUAGCAAUUCUUCCCUUACAAUGGCGGUUUAAAAUAGGAAUAACUCUUGAACUGGGUGCAAUAAAAGAUCAUAAUGGCUCCAAUUUAUUUUAACUCCACAGAAGAAUUAUUAUAGUUCAAAACUCAUUAGCUAACAUAAGGUGAAAGUAUUAUUAUAUAUUCAGGGGACUUAUAAAGAGAACUAGAAAAUUUUCAUGAAAUAAGUCUAAAAAUAAAGUAAAAGGAUCCAAGACUGUACUUUGGCGUGUUAAAUUUUACCCACAAAUUCAAUCUUUCAUUAGAGGCUUUCGAUUAUCACAGAUAAUGCCAAAUGCGAGAAUAUUAUAACAUCAUUAUAUUGAGAAACUUAACAAAGAUUUACCCGCUUAAAUGUCUCAAUUUGCCUUUCAUUGAAACUGAAGAUAUUGUAGAUUUGAAAUGA